UUAAAUAUUUUUUAUAAAAAAACAAUAAUCGAACAAAAAUUAAUUUUGAUCAAACAAUCAAGAACAAAUGACGAACAAACGAAUUAGCAAAAAAAAGUUGAAAAAAUUAAUUUGUCCCUGCUAAUUUAAGAGAGCCCCUUUAGCUCUAGUCUUGUUACUCUCGGAGCAAAUAGUGUAUCGUCUCCAUACUGUUUUACAGUUUUGCUCUAUUAUACUAUUGAUUUGAUUGUUUAAUACAAACUUUAUAUUCUAAAUUGUUUUACUAGCGCUGGUAGUGAAAGUUAUAAAUAACUGUGUCAACUAAUAAAAAAUAAUGGAAGUAGCUAAAAAAAGAAAACGCCAUCGAACAACCAUCUACAAACGUAACAAAAUAAUUUUUGAGCAGUUGUUGCAAUUCAAUCCUCAGUGUUUUAAGUCUGAGUCGUUACUAAAAACACUACUCUAUGUUGAGGAUACAGAAUCAGAAUCCGAUGAAAGUCAAUCUGCUGUGUCACCACAUCGUGGAGUCAAUUUAAUUCAAGGCAUAGAGAACACAAUGUCUCCUUCCCAGACGUCUUUAACUUCUAAUCUUAACAUUCAGCAUUCAGAUGUAAUUGGUGAUUAUCGUGAUGAGAUAAUAAAUCUUGAGGACACCAACAGAAUAACUGAUCGUAGUAGUUCUAAUGGUUUGAUAGAUGAUACAGAUGAUGAUGGUGAUAGCGAUGAUGAUGACGAUGAUAACGAUAGUGAUGAUGAUAGCAAUAAUGAUGACGAUGAUAGCGACGAUGACAGCGAUAACGAGUGUCAUAAUGUAAAUACUACAUCGUUAUUUCAAAAUCAUGUUUUAGAUAUACCUGUACUGCCUUCAAAAAAACUCAGUCCUAAAGAUCAUUUACUGUCAAUCAUAACAAUGUCAAUCAGGCAUAAUUGGACUUAUGAAGCAACUCUGGAUGUUUGUAAAUUGAUCAAUGCGACUUACGAUUUACACUGCUUACCAAGUACGAAAGAAUCAUUGUGGUCUGUCUUAGAAAAAGACAUAAGGUUGAUGACAUAUCAUAUGUACUGUCGCGAAUGUGACGCGUACAUGGGAGAAGGUCGAAGCCCGAUGAAAGACUGUUUUUGUAGUGCCUGUGGACCAAAACAGGAAAACAAAAAUUUAUCGUAUUUUAUAAGUCUGAACUUGCAUUUACAAAUUACGAAUUAUCUUACGACUAAAAACAUUGAUGAGUCGUUAAAGUAUCGUUUCACAAGAAUUAAGAAUGUGCAAGGGGCUAUUGAAGACAUUUAUGAUGGGGCUGAGUAUAAAAAACUUAGUUCAGCAGGAAUGUUUUUAAGUAAUCCAUAUAAUUUUUCCCUAACAUUUAAUACUGAUGGAUGCAAGAUUUCUAAUUCUUCCAAAUCAAGUGCCUGGCCUAUAUAUGUUCAAAUCAAUGAACUAUCACCACAUUUAAGAAAAAAACACGUCUUACUAGCGGGAAUAUUUGUGGAUAAGAAGGAACCUUUAAUGAAUGAUUAUGUACGAACGUUUACUGAUCAAAUUAAAGUUUUAUAUGAAGAAGGAAUUGUUUGGAAGCCAACAUCAACAAUGGAAGUGACAUCUAAAUUUGUAAAAUAUUAGGAUCAGUAGAUACACCCGCUAGAUCUGCAGUGUUACGAAUGAAACGUUUCAAUGGUUUUUAUGGUUGUACUUUUUGCUAUGCCUUUGGUAAAAGCAUAGGUAGAAAACAUGUUUACCCUGUGGGAAAUAGUUCGGAGCAGUUAAGAAUAGAUGAUGAAAUGCGUGCUGAUAUGAUGAAAAGUUUUGCCGAUAAAAAUGAAAUAAAAGGUAUCAAAGGACCAUCAGCGCUGAUGUUAUUGCCAUUAUUCAAUUUAUCUAAGGGAAUGAUUGUUGAUAGUAUGCAUUGCUGUUUCCUUGGUGUCAUUAAAUGGCAUACGAAGUUACUAUUAAAAAAAGAUUAUAAAGACGUUAUUAUAAACAAUAAAAAAAAGAAAGUCGUAGUUGAUUAUUACAUCGGUCGUCCUGGCCAGAAGGAAGAAAUUGAUUCUCUAUUUUUGGCUAUAAUGCCACAUAAUAUACGUUCAAGACUACCUAGAUCAAUAAAUACACUUGCAACUUGGAAAGCUUCAGAAUGGCGAAACUGGCUUGAAUACUGUGUAAUUUGUUUAAAGAAUAUUCUUCCGGACAAAUAUUUAGAUCAUCUUGCUCUAUUAAGUGAAGCAGUUAACAUAUUAAAUAGUGAUUGUAUUACGCCUGAAAGACUGGAACAUUCCAAUUAUUUAUUGGAAAAUUAUGUCAAAUUAUUUCAAAGAUAUUUUGGAUUAAAAAAUAUGACGUACAAUAUUCACCUGCUGACUCAUAUAACAGCUACCGUUCGCGAUUGGGGACCUUUUUGGUCUAAUUCUACGUUUGUAUUUGAAUCGUGGAACAGAAGAAUCGUAAACAAAAUAACAAGUCCCCAUUCACCGUGCUCUCAAAUAACUGAUAGAUAUUUAUUAUCGAAAUAUCUUUUUAGCUGCGGUGAAGAUGAUUCGAUAGCUAAAGAGACUCGAAAUAACAUAAGGAAACUCAUGAGACUGCCAUUAGAUGGUAGUAGUCAUGAAAAAAUAGUUGGAAGAGGAAAAGCAACAAAAAUAAAACCAGAUAAAUAUAAGAAACUCGUUUUUGCUAAAUCAGGUUUUUACCCAGAUUAUUUAUAUUGCUAUUCCAGAGGAACAGUUAACGGAGUCAGUUAUAACUGCAGAAGAACAAAAGAGACUAAAUUUUGUAACUCGCUUAUAUAUUGUGAUAAUAUUGGUUUUGGAGAAAUACUCAAAUUUGUAUGUUUUUCAAUCGAAAACACUACAGUUAGCGGAAUCAUCUUGCAGAGUUACGAAGAAAUUAUUAAUGAUUUAAGUGUGUCGUAUAUUAAGAAAGUAAAAUGUACAGAUAAUAGUAUUUUUGUUGAUGAUAAAACAAUUUUCAGCCCUGCCAUUAAAAUUUCUUUCAAAGAAAAUUUAUAUUUUCUAAAAUUACCCAACUCAUGGGAAACAGACUAGUCUGUAAUUGUAGUAUGCAAAAAAAAAUUCAAUUAUUUCUCACUAUAACAGUGAAAUAUUGUAUUUUUUCUAUUAGCUAUAUGAAGACCA